AUGUUUGUCAACCGAUUGCUAUCACUGAACAAACGCCACAAUUUGAUGACAAUUUGUGGCAAUUAUUUGAUGCGAAAUAACACCGAUUUGUUGUCAUCUGCGGUCACAAAGAUAUUAUGCUAUCGUUUGGUUCACUCGACAAAUAUCCAUGAAAUCGAUUAUUUAUUUUCAAAGUACAAGUUGUCUCUCAAAUCGUCGUCCGGACGACAAAGUUAUGGCCAACAGUCGGCUCUUCAGCACUUUAACACAAUUUCCGAUUUCAAUUUCGAGACCGACAAAGACGUGACAAUUAAAACAUUAAGACAAGUCUUAGAGAUCCGCAAAAGUGAUUCACGAUUUCUAGUUAAGAAUUAUCCCAAUUUGUUGGACAUUUCUGAACAACAAAUUGAAAAACAAGUGUUUCUGUUGACAGACAGGUUUGCACUGAAUUGUGACCACUUCUUGAGCUGUCCGUGGGUUCUGUACCUACCGUUUCAAUUUAUUACUGAACGUCUUCGGCCAUUAGGUCCGAUCACUAUUGACUGCAAUCAUUUAGUCCUUCUUUUAUUGCCUUUAAUAUCAUAUGAUAGUGUCGUCAAAAAGAUAAAGAAAAAUAAUAUUAAAGAAAAUACUUUUGAAGAUUUCAAUCAAAAGUUAAAUUUGUUUACAACUAAUCUUAAUAUUAUUAAUCAAGAGUUUUGUGAUUUAAUUCAUGAAAACACAUUUCUUUAUUAUUAUGAUUAUCAUCGACUUAAGACAAUUAUGGAUUUAUUAAAGAAAGCAAAUAUUAAUACAGAUAUCAUAACUUCUGACAUAAAAGUCUUUACACAUAAUAUCGAUGUUAUGAAUAAGAGAAUUGAUAAAUGCAUUGAAUAUAAUAUGCCGGUUAAGACAUGGAUGUUAAGGUCCUCUGAAGAAUCAUUUCAAGUAUGUCUACAAAGACAUAACGACAACAAGAAAGUACUUAAGGAUUAUGAUAACAAUAUAGAGUAUAUGACUUCACAUUUGAAUUGCAAUAAAAAUGUCAUCCAAUUAAUGACAAAAAGAUAUCCACGAAUUGUUAAGAUCAGCGCCAAGAAGUUGUCUGAAAAGUUAUCGUUUUUGUUUAAAAAAGGAUUCACUGCUUAUCACAUCAUCGAUACACCGAAGAUAUUGUUUCAUUCGGUCGAUACUCUGGUUCACAGAAUUAAAGAAUUGGAAAAAAUCAAUAUUCAUUUGAAUUCAUUAAAAAUUUUGACAUUAAGUGAAAAAGAGUAUCAAAAGCUGAUCCAACAAUUUAAAUCAGUUAAACUAAAUGGAUAUAACUCUGAAAAUGAUUCAAAACAAAAUAUAUCCACUUAA